UUGCAACACCGGCUCGCACCUGACCAGAGCAUAUUCAGUCAAAACGACCAGCAUCGCAAAUUUGCGCGAUUCCUGUAUUUUUUAUUGUCAGAAGCAAAUUCAAGACUUACGUCUGUUUCAUUUUGACUGUGGGAGACCUUCGGGUUUGACGGACAAACCCCUCUCACCUGUGGACUGGCGUUUUUCAGCUUUUACAGGUUUUGGCCUAUUUUAUUACUGUACACGGGCAAGGAACAAGAAGGGAAAUUAUUAUCGGACAAGUUCAAAACUUGAACCAUUUCGUGUUAAAAGAAAAAAGAUCUCGUAUCUGAAAAUUAGAGUUAUCGUGCACUUUCUUGCUCGAUUUCUCUGUCUUUGCUAGUAAAGACGCCCUCUUCACAAAACUCUUACAUCUAAAGACACUGUAUCCGAAUAAUCGCGUUUGAAUGUCAGGAGGACUCGAUCUCGACUGGCAAUUGGAACAAUUGCAAAAAUGCAGAAGUGUACCUGAAUCAAAUGUCAUAGAACUUUGCCAAUUAGCGCGUGAAAUUUUGAUCGAAGAAUCCAACUUGCAGUGGGUGAAUUCACCGGUCACCGUCUGUGGUGAUAUUCACGGUCAAUUACACGAUCUGCUUGAACUAUUUCGUGUUAGUGGGCCGUGUCCUAACACUAAUUACUUAUUUUUAGGGGACUAUGUUGAUCGUGGAUUUUAUUCAGUAGAAACAUUCCUUCUUUUACUGACCCUUAAAUGCAAGUAUCCAUCACGCAUCACUCUAAUUCGUGGAAACCAUGAGUCUCGCCAAAUUACUCAAGUGUAUGGGUUUUACGAUGAAUGUAAUCGUAAAUAUGGGUCUGCAAAUGUCUGGCGCUACUGCUGUGAAAUUUUUGACUACAUGGCACUGGGUGCUAUAAUUGACGGAAAAGUGUUAUGUGUACACGGUGGUCUUUCUCCCAGUAUCACAAGUCUUGAUCAGAUCGGCCUUUUGGAUCGAAAACAAGAGGUUCCCCACGAGGGUGCCAUGUGCGACUUGCUUUGGUCGGAUCCUGACGAUAUUGGCGGUUGGGGUCUGUCUCCCCGCGGAGCAGGUUAUUUAUUUGGCGCUAAUAUAGCCGAAGCUUUCAAUCAUGCAAACGGCUUAAGCUUUGUCGCUCGUGCCCAUCAAUUAGUCAUGGAAGGUUAUAAGUUGCAUUUUUCUUCGGCAGAAAAACAAGUGCCGUCAUAUCAGGAUGCCGAAGAGGAGUUAGAUACCGAUUCACACUCUAUAUCCGAAGACAAUACCCCUUCUCCGGGUGAUAUUGUUACUAUUGCAAACAAGGAUCUUGGCAGCGUUGUCACAGUCUGGAGUGCUCCUAACUAUUGUUACCGAUGUGGAAACGUUGCUUCCGUCAUGCAAAUAAGUGACGGCGACACUCAAACAUUCAAAAUUUUCGGAGCAGCACCUCAGGAGCGGACAGGAAUACCUGCAAAACAGCCAAUUGCUGAUUAUUUCUUGUAAUUUAAUGACUGAUGGUUGCUUUGAUGAUUUAAUUAAUGUCCAAUGGUCCGCACUGAGGACUAAUACUCAUGCUUAAACCGCUUAUCCCUCUCUCAAAAGUUUUGUUGAAAAAUCGUAUGACCAGUUCAAUCCUACUUCUUUCUUUUUUACGCGCACCUCUAUACAGUCUACCUUCUUUUCAUGCUUGUAUGCUCACCUCUUCCGUUUCCGAUUUCUAUCUGGUGUUCUGGUUUUUUCUUGCAACGUUAUAUUCUUCAAAUAUUUGAACUACUGUUUUCCGAGACAUUGCUCGGUUUGUAAUGUCUUGAGUCUUUUUUAUGCAGGUUGAUUUAGUACUUUCCAUAUCGUAUUGUUUAUAACUGUAAAAUACAUACAAUGUUGCUACCCUCUAUUGUUUUUCGGGGGAUUACAAUGGUGAUAAUACGGGAGCAGAGGCUUGACUGAAUGUGUUAAC